AGUUGAAAAAGCCAUCCUCAGCUUAUACUUGGGUGCUUUCCUGCCAGGACCCUCACCUCUCCGCACAGCAACCCAGCUCUCCUUCCUCUUCUGCUCUCUUGCGCAGUGCUCACCUUCCUCUCUUCCUUUCUCGACGCAGUGCACACCUUCCUCUCCUCUUUCAACGCAGUGUGCACCUUCCUCCCCUCUCGGUGUAGUGUGCACCUUCCUCUCCUCUCUCGACGCGGUGCGCACCUUCCUUUCCUCCUCUCAACGCAGUGCGCACCUCUCUCCUCUCUCGGUGCAGUGUGUACCUUCCUCUCCUCCUUUCUCGACGCAGUGUGCACCUUCCUCUCCUCUCAAAGCAGUGCGCACCUUCCUCCUCUCUCGAUGCAGUGCGCACCUUCCUCUCCUCUCUCGACGCAGUGCGCACCUUCCUCCUCUCUUGACACAGUGUGCACCUUCCUCUCCUCUCUCGACACAGUGCACACCUUCCUCUCCUCUCUUGACGCAGUGCGCACCUUCCUCUCCUCUCUCGGUGCAGUGUGUACCUUCCUCUCCUCCUUUCUCGACGCAGUGCACACCUUUCUCUCCUCUCUUGACACAGUGUGCACCUUCCUCUCCUCUCUCGGUGCAGUGUGUACCUUCCUCUCCUCCUUUCUCGACGCAGUGCGCACCUUUCUCUCCUCUCUCGACGCAGUGUGCACCUUCCUCUCCUCUCUCGAUGCAGUGCGCACCUUCCUUUCCUCCUCUUGACACAGUACAUACAUUCCUCUCCUCUCUUGGUGCAGUGUGUACCUUCCUCUCCUCCUCUCUCAACGCAGUGUGCACCUUCCUUUCCUCCUCUUGACGCAGUACGUACAUUCCUCUCCUCCUCGGUGCUCGUCUUUUCCACUUUUCCUUAUUCCUUUACACACAGCAUAUCCCCCAAAAUGUAUACUGAAAAUAAGCUAUGGUGAUUAUUGGAAACAAAUUUACAUUGAAGGAGGUUAGAAUAAUGAUUUAAUCAGAGUUGGGCAGCCUUAAAUCUUAAAUUCCAGUUGUAUGUUUCAAGCUAAAUGCCUGUGCAAUUAUAAGGGGGGAAAUAAGAUUGUGCUGAAGAAAGAGACACUUGCUGAAAGUGAGAAGAAUGCUAAAGUAAUACAAAGACUGGAGGAGGUAACUUCUGAACAAGUUCUGCGAAGAUCACCUUGUGAGAGCUUUGCCCGAGGAGUGCUGUAAGUCUAAAGGAACUUCAAGAUACACAGCAAUGACAAGAAGAAAAAAUAAGUAGUAGAAAAAUAUAUUUCAAGCUGUGUAAUUAAGGGGGGAAAUAAGAUUGUGCUGAAGAAAGAGACACUUGCUGAAAGUGAGCAGAAGGCUAAAGUAAUACAAAGACUGUGCUGUUCGGGAGGUUAUAUCUGUGAACCCCUGGCAUGAUAUUUGAAUUAUAAUUGUAAAAGAAUGUCAAGUCCUUCACCACCCUAUCCUAGAUCACACACAGGGGAGAAGUUACAUCAGUGUAUGGAAUGUGGGAAACAAUUUGAUAGGAAACAUUCUCUUACUGUUCAUGAACGGACGCACACAGGGGAGAAGCCCUAUAAAUGCAUAGAAUGUGGAGAAAGCUUCAGUUGGAAUGGCAGUCUACGUUCCCAUCAAAGGACCCAUACAGGGGAGAAGCCAUAUAAAUGUAUGAAAUGUGGAGAAAGCUUCAGUCAGAGUGGCAGUCUACGUUCCCAUCAAAGGACCCAUACAGGGGAGAAGCCAUAUAAAUGCAUGGAAUGUGGAGAAAGCUUCAGUCAGAGUGGCAGUCUACGUUCCCAUCAAAGGACCCAUACAGGGGAGAAGCCAUAUAAAUGUAUGGAAUGUGGAAAAAACUUCAGUCGGAGUGGCAGUCUACGUUCCCAUCAAAGGACACACACAGGGGAGAAGCCAUAUAAAUGCAUAGAAUGUGGAGAAAGCUUUAUUCAGAGCGACCAUCUACGUUCCCAUCAAAGGACCCACACAGGGGAGAAGCCACAUAAAUGCAUAGAAUGUGGAGAAAGCUUCAGUCGGAGUGACAGUCUACGUUCCCAUAAAAGGACCCACACAGGGGAAAAGCCCUAUAAAUGUAUAGAAUGUGGAGAAAGCUUCAGUCGGAGUGGCAGCCUACGUUCCCAUCGAAGGACCCACACAAGGGAGAAGCCAUAUAAAUGCAUGGAAUGUGGAGAAAACUUCAGUUGGAGUAGCAGUCUACAUUCCCAUCAAAGGACCCACACAGGGGAGAAGCCCUAUAAAUGCAUAGAAUGUGGAGAAAGCUUCAGUCGGAGUGACAGUCUACGUUCCCAUCAAAGGACCCACACAGGAGAGAAGCCACAUAAAUGCAUGGAAUGUGGAGAAAACUUCAGUUGGAGUAGCAGUCUACGUUCCCAUCAAAGGACCCACACAGGAGAGAAGCCACAUAAAUGCAUGGAAUGUGGAAAGAGCUUCAAUCAGAGUGGCAAUCUACGUUCCCAUCAAAGGACCCACACAGGAGAGAAGCCACAUAAAUGCAUGGAAUGUGGAAAAAGCUUCAGACAGAGUUGCAAUCUGCGUACCCAUCAAAGGAAGCACACAGGGGAGAAGCCAUAUAAAUGCAUGGAAUGUGGGAAGAGCUUCAGUCACAGUGGCAAUCUACGUUCCCAUCAAAGGACCCACACAGGGGAGAAGCCACAUAAAUGCAUGGAAUGUGGAAUGUGCUUCAGUCACAGUAAAAGUCUGCAUAUCCAUCAAAAGACCCAUACAGAGGAGAAACCAUAGAAAUGCAUAAAAUGUGGAGAAAUUUUCAGUCAGAGUUAACAAUAUGCAUUCCUAUCAAAGGACCCAAAUAGGGAAGAAGCCAUAUACAUUCAUGGAAUGGGGAAAGCGUCUCAGUCACAGUGGAAUCCGCAUUCCCAUCAAAGUUCGACAGGGACAAAUGCAAGAUACUUCACUUUGGCAGAAAAAACAGAAUGCAAAGAUACAGAAUGGGGGAUGAUGCCUGGCCCGACAGCAGUAGAUGUGAAAAAGACCUUGGAGUCCUCGUUUACAACAAGUUAAACAUGAGCCAACAAUGUGAUGCGGCUGUUAAAAAAGCCAAUGGGAUUCUGUCCUGCAUCAAUAGGGGAAUAGCGUCUAGAUCCAGGGAAAUCGUGCUCCCCCUUAUUCUAUUCUGCCUUGGUCAGACCACACCUGGAAUCACACUGCGUCUAAUUCUGGGCACCGCAAUUGAAGGGAGAUGUUGACAAGCUGGAAAGCGUCCAGAGGAGGGUGACUAAAAUGAUCAAAGGUCUGGAGAACAAGCCCUAUGAAGAGCGGCUUAAGAACUGGGCAUGUUUAGCCUGUAGAAGAGAAGGCUGAGAGGAGACAUGAUAGCCAUGUACAAAUAUGUGAGGGGAAGUCGUAGGAGGAGGGAGCAAGCUUGUUUUCUGCUGCCCUGCAGACUAGGACGCAAUGGAACAAUGGCUUCAAAAUGCAGGAAAGGAGGUUCCACCUGAAUAUGAGAACGAACUUUCUCACUGUGAGAAGGGCUGUUCGGCAGUGGAACUCUCUGCCCCAGACUGUGGUGAAGGCUCCUUCUUUGGAGGCUUUUAAGCAGAGGCUGGAUGGCUGUCUGUCGGGGGUGCUUUGAAUGUGAUCUUCCUGCUUCUUCGCAGGGGGUUGGACUGGAUGGUCCAUGAGGUCUCUUCCAACUCUACUAUUCUAUAAUUCUACUAGCUGUGCCCGGCCACGCGUUGCUGUGGCGAAGUCUGGUGGUCUGGGAAAUAAAGUAUUGAGGAAUUGGUGGUAGUUAAGGUCAAGGGUAAAGGUUUUCCCCAGAGAUUAAGUCCAGUCGUGUCUGACUCUGGGGGUUGGUGCUCAUCUCCAUUUCUAAGCCAAAGAGCCGGCGUUGUCCGUAGACUCCUCCAAGGUCAUGUGGGAUGACUACAUGGAGCGGCGUUACCUUCCCGCCGGAGCAGUACCUAUUGAUGCACUCACAUUUGCAUGUUUUCGAACUUCUGGGUUGGUAGAAGCUGGGGCUAACAGUGGGGGCUCUCUCCGCUCCCCCAAUUCAAACCUGUGGCCUUUCGGUCCAGAAGUUCAGCAGCUCAGCGCUUUAACACGCUGCGCCAUCAGGGGAUAUUAUUUCCUAAAGGUUGUGAAUAUACAAUAAUUCUGAUUGGUUUUUUUUGUUUGUUGGAGGCAAGUAUGAAUGCUGCAAUUAGGAAAAAUGAUUAGGAUGUAAUAGCCUUGCAGCUUUAAAGCCUGGCUGUUUCCUCCCUGAGUGAAUUUUUUGUUGGGAGGUGUUAGCUGGCCCUGAUUCUUUCCUGUCUGGAAUUCCCUUGUUUUCAGAGUGGUGUUGUUUGCGAUAUUUUAUGUGCUUCUACUUUCUGUGGCCCUGAGAAAACAGGAUUUGCCAGACUUUGAUGAUGGGAAUACUUUGUUGGGAGGUGUUAGCUGGCCCUGAUUGUUUCCUGUGUGGAAUUCCCCUGUUUAUUUACUGUCCUGGUUUUAGAGAUUAUAUUGUUCUGCAUUAUUCUAUCCCAGUAAUUAUUUCAUAUUAAAGAAGAAUCUCACUUAUCCAACAUUCGCUUAUACAAUGUUCUGGAUUAUCCAACGCAGUCUGCCUUUUCAUAAUCAAUGUUUUUGUAGUCAGUGUUUUAAAUUCAUUGUGAUAUUUUAGUGGUAAAUUUGUAAAUACAGUACAGUAGAGUCUCACUUAUCCAACAUAAACGGGCCGGCAGAAUGUUGGAUAAGCGAAUAUGUUGGAUAAUAAGGAGGGAUUAAGGAUAAGCCUAUUAAACAUCAAAUUAAGUUAUGAUUUCACAAAUUAAGGACCAAAACAUCAUGUUAGACAACAAAUUUGGAAGAAAAAAUAGUUCAAUACGCAGUAAUUCUAUGUAGAAAUUACUGGAUUUAUGAAUUUAGCACCAAAAUAUCACGAUAUAUUGAAAGCAUUGACUACAAAAAUGCGUUGGAUAAUCCAGAACGUUGGAUAAGCGAGUGUUGGAUAAGUGAGACUCUACUGUAAAUACUACAUAGCAUUACUGCGCAUGGAACUACUUUUUCUGUCAAAUUUGUUGUAUAAUAUGAUGUUUUGGUGCUUAAUUUGUAUAACGAUGACCUAAUUUGAUGUUUAAUUGGCUUUUCCUGAAUCCCUUCUUAUUAUCCAACAUAUUCACUUAUCCUGCCUGCCUGUUUACGUUGGAUAAGUGAGACUCUACUGUAUAUUUCUAAUCUUAUAUUAUCUGCUCAGAACUUGAUUAUAUGAGGCCCCUUCUUCACAGCUGUAUAAAAUGCACACUGAAGUGGAUUAUAUGGCAGUGUGGAGUCAAGAUAAUCCAAUGCAAAGCAGAUAAUAUAAGAUUAUAAAUGGGUUAUAUAGCUGUGUGGAAGGGCCUUGAGUCUACACUGCCAUAUAAUCCAGUGCAAAUUAGAUAAUCUGUGGAAGAAGUCUAAGUGAGGCCUACAUCGGCCUGUCCCCUAACUGAAGCCUGGCUGUCCCUUGGUUGCUAGGCAACGAAGUGGGCAGAGAUUAGCCCUCUAAACUGGCAGCAAUUGGAUAAAAAAAAUUAUUGCUCUCCCUCUAAUUAGGACUUUAUUUUUCUUUUCUUUUCUUUUUGUUGUAUCAACCUUGAGGCGUGGAUGAUGGGUUGCGUUGUCAAAUUUUGAGGUUGGGGGGCCUGUACUUUUGUUGUUUUGUGAAUUGCCAUGAUGCCAUCACUCUUUUAUAUAUAUAGAUGAUUGUGUUCAUUGUUCCUUCGAUUGUGUUGCUCCAAUUGUAUUAUUUUAGCUCAGUGGUUCCCAACAUUUUUUUAAACUAGGGAUCACUUGACCAGGGACCACUCUCCAAAAUUUGCAUCAAAAUGGUUACAAAUCAGUUUGUGGUCAACUUUAGAUUCGCUCUCAGUCACUCUCAUUGCAACGGUGUAGUUACAGUGAGGCCGUGGACCCUAUUUGAGUUAUUGCGACCACUGGUGGUCCAUGGACCCCAGGUUGGGAACCACUGUUUUAGCUGGACUGAAGACUUUAAUUUUCCUAUAAGUUAAUAUGGUCUUGUCUUGUAUUUAAUAAACCUCAGACUUUAUACCGAGAGAGCCCUGGAACAGGAGACCACCAGCCUUGCUUUGUGUGUACUUAUCCCUGCGUAGAGUGAAACCCUUUCUGGAUAUGAGACUGUUUAAUCCCACCUUUGGCAAAGGGUCCAUCAGGAUACACAGCAUAUCUCCUUAAAUGUAGAGAAUAGAGGACAAAGAAUGAUGACAAUGAUCGAUGAAGAUUCAUGAAUCCAUUGAGAUGGACACAUUAACUAAAUUGAUGAAGUAUAGAACAGCAUUGAAAGGAAACAGAGUAAAUAGAGAUAGAAAUCAUAUAGUGGGUGAGAGUUUUGUAGACUAGUGUCAGUUUUGUUCUAAUUGUGCAGGUGUGUGUCCUUGCUCCCUUUAUAUUUGUUAAAUAGUCCUUUUUCUAAAAAAAUGUAUCAAAAUUAUUAUUUGUGUAAAAAUAUUGUUUUUAAAUACCAAAAUUGUAAUUUGUUUAAAUGGGCUUGGGUAUGUUUUUCUUUUUCUUUUUGUCUUUGAAUAAAUAUUGUUUUUUAAAA